AAGUAUCAACUCUGCUAGUGAUUAUUUCUGCCUGGAGACAACCUAGCUGCGUCAUUUCCGAAACAAGAGCGCGGUAUGGGUACAUGACAGAGCGCCACACUAUCAGUUCUUGUAUCAAAACUUUGUUACAAAGUAGUUGGAAUUUGUUUUCAUCUUUGAUUUUUUGGCACUUAGGUGCCACCCUGUUACUGUGAUUCAAAAUGAGUGACGACCCUGACUCUUUCCCCGAGAGGGAAAUGAAGGAUUUUCAAUUCCGACAGAUGAAGAAAAUCCGCGUCUUUGACUCACCGGAAGAUUUACCAAAAGGCAGAUCCGGUUUGCUUGCAAUCUCAAACAAGUAUGGAUUAACUUUUGUGGGGCUUGACAGGACGCUUAAAGUCUUCUUGACGAAGGAUAUUAUUGCUGUCGGAAAAGUGGAGGGCAACCCAAAUGAAAUAGUGGAGGGGGUGAAGGCUCUGGAGGUUUCUGUGGAGUUGCCCCUGCAUCAUGUGGCUCUGAGCUGUGAUGAGCUCACCCUGUCCGUGUGUGGGAUGUCUGAGGAGGCAGGCCUCUCCAUGGCUUUCUAUGAUGUCCGCACCUUCCUCAACAAGGCCCGACAAGAGAAGUUCCCUUUUGCAUCUUUGCGGCCAGGCAGUGGCGCGGGCACCCUGGUGCAGGACCUGAAGUGGAACCCAGUGCAGGCAUCCGUGCUGGCCGCCUGUCUCUCAGACGGCAGCAUGAUGGUCCUGGAGGUCACCAGCGAGGUCAAGGUGUCCGCCCAGGUCCCCCCCACCGUCGGCAUCACCUGCGUGUGCUGGAGCCCCAAAGGAAAGCAGGUGGCAGCAGGAAAGCAGGACGCCACAGUGAUCCAGUACACACCAGCCCUGCAGGAGAAGAAGGUGAUCCCAUGUCCAGGUUUCUACAGUUCAGACAACCCUGUCAAAGUGCUGGACGUGUUGUGGCUGAGCACCUUUAACUUUGCGGUGGCAUACGCAGCAGCUGACGGCUCCCCAGAGACACCCCCUGAGCUCGUAGUCAUCUCACUGCCCACAAAAACUGAAAAGAGGGCGGAGGGGUAUCUGAACUUUAAUGACCUGGUGUACGGCAGCUGCACAGAGAGACAACACCACUACUUCCUCUGCCACAUGGAGGACUGGGAUUUGGUGCUGGCAGCGUCUGCAGCCUCCAUUGAAGUCAGUAUCAUUGCCAAACAAGAGGACAAGAUUAAUUGGGAGCUGUGGCUGCUGGAGGAUGCCAGUAGGGCGGAACUUCCUGUCACUCAGAACAGUGAUGACACACUGCCAUUGGGCGUCGCCAUCGACUACACCAGUCAAGAUGAGAUUUACAUCUCGGAUGAUAAGAAGCUUCCUGCGGCCCCCACGCUGAUGUUGCUAUCCACAGACGGGGUCCUGUGCCCCUUCACUCUGCUCAACAUGAACCCUGGGGCCAAGCAGCUGGUAACCCCCCCAACCAGCCUAUCUCUGGAUGGGGAGAGACCACCGACCGCAGGCUCCUACCCUGCAGCCCCACCCUCACAGAAAGCCCAGCCAGAAAGCACAUUUCCCCCACUCCGUCCCCCAGUCAGCAGUUCCACGCCCCCCCCGCCUGCGGCAGGCACCACUUCUGCCCUGGCCCCUGCCCCUGCCCCUGCUCCUGCCCCCGCUGCUGCUGGCUUCUCCUUCGCCCUGCCUCCGUCCUCCACCCCCACUGCCCCCUCCAGCACCGCCUCGUCCUCCUCCAUCACCCUGGGCUCUUCAGCUUCCACCGCAGCCCCUGCCUUCGGCUCCGCCGGCGUCUUCUCCUUCUCCGCAGCCUCCAGUGCUGCCUCCGCCUUCUCCUUCAGUGCCCCCUCUGUCGCCAAGCCCCCCCUUGUGGAUGCUGGUGGUCCUGCAGCAGCCCCCCCUGCCCUUGCACCAGGCCACACCCCCGAGAGGCUUGGAACCGCCUCCCCGCUGACCAUCUCCAAGGAGCCGGCCACGCCCGCCAUUAGGCUCAACCUGGCCGACAGAUUUUCGGGACUGGAGACACCUUCCCCCUUCUCUUUCGCAUCCUCCACCCCCAAACCUCCACAGUCUGAGGCCAGCGCUCCUGUAGCGCCCCCAGUCACCAGCAAACCAGCUGUAGCACCAGCAGCUGUUCGGUCAGUUCAGGCCAGCACCACUACUCCAGCCCCACCUAAAUUGGUACAGACAGCAGCUCCUCAACCCCAGAUCAGCACACCUGCACAGGCUCAUGUCUCAGUGAAGGCUUUGGAGAGGCAGCUGCAACAGAGGAAAGACUCUGAUCCCGUCAUGGCUGGCAUCCUGGAGGAGAUCGCUCACUUCCAGAAGGAGCUGGAUGACCUGAAGGCACGCAGCAGCAGGACGGACUUCAGGGUGGGGAGCACUGAGGAGAUGAGGGAGCUGAGGAAGGAGUCUGAAGACCUGCACGUCUUUACACUGGAGAUCAAAGAGACUACAGAGUCUCUGCAUGGAGACAUCAGCACGCUGAAGACCACGCUGCUGGAGGGCUUUGCUGGGGCUGAGGAUGCCAAAGCCCACUGCGAGCUCAACAACGACCCCAGCUACCUGCAGCUGCUCUACAAGAAACCCCUGGACCCACGGCGAGAGGACCAGCUCAAGGAGAUCCGGCGGCUGUACCAGUACGUGAAGUUUGCAGUGGAGGACGUGAACGACGUGCUGGACGUGGAGUGGGAGAAACACCUGGAGAACCGCAAAAAGCAGAAACACAUGGUUAUCCCCGAGCGCCACGUGCUGUUUAACGCGCUGGCCAAUAACCUGGAGAUUAUCACGCAGCAGAAGCUGAAGCUGGACCAGCUCCUCAGAGACCUGCACAGUCUGCGCCUCUACAACAAGACCGCCGCUUGGACCGCACCCCGCCGGCCCUCCAGCACCCCCUCAGAGCAGAGUCUUGAUAAGGAGCUGGAGGGUCUGAAGGAUGCACUGCUCAAAGCCAGUCUGGAGACAUCCCCCAAGACCACCUCCAGAACCCCAGCCAAGAUGACUCCAGCCAAGCAGUCCCAGCUGAGGAACUUCCUCUCCAAGCGACAGACACCACAUGUCCGGUCCACCGCUCCAGCCAACCUCUCUCGCUCAGCCUUCAUCUCCCCGAAGUACUAUGAGGACCUGGACGACGUCAGCUCCACGUCCUCGCUGUCCCAGGCUCUGGAGGUGGAGGAGCCUGGUGCACUGGUGUUGGAAGAGGAGGAGGAAGAGGAGGAGGUGGCGCCCCUCGCCCCCCUGCCCUCAGUGGCGCCCCCUGCCAUGCCCCGCCACCCUGCUGUGGGCCGCACCCUCUCUGUCCAGCCCGGCUUCACCAUGCAGUCCACCCCCUUCAGUAAGACCACCCCCUUACUGAGCCUGGGCUCCGUCAUCAGCCCAGUCCCGACCAAUAAGAUCAAUCUGGGUGGGCCCGAAAGCACAGCCCUGGCCACCAAGACGGUGAAACACGGAGCCCCGCCCAACGAGAGGACCACGCCCGUCACCAACCCCGCCCAGCAGGCUGCCGCAAACGCCGCCCUCCAGAGGCAGAUGGCCAAUCAGAAGACUGUUGGAACGUCCCUCACUGAGUCGACUUUGAAGACGGUGCCUCAGGUGGUGAACGUACAGGAGCUGAAAGACAAGGGUCCCACCAUGCCCGUCUCCACGGUGAUGAGUUCCUCUGUUCCUGCUCCAGCUGCCCAGGUGGUUCAGCAGGUGUUGGCGACGGUUGCCACCAACCAGGCCAAACGGAACCCUCAGCAGGGCCCUGUGAAGGUGACUGCUUCCCUGGCUGAGAGCUUGGCGCCCUCCCAGACUGGCUUUGUAUUUGGUGCGGUGACCAAAGCAGACGUUCCAGCAGCAACGGCAGCCGCCAGUGCUUCAACAGCAGGAGGAGAACAGAACAGCAAGGCCUUCAGCUUCUCAGCAGGGCCAUCCUCGGGCUUCUCCUUCGCCUCCCUCAGCGCCAGCUCUGCGUCUGCGUCACAAACAGUAAAAGACGCCGGGUUGCCCAAGUUCUCCUUCGGCGGCAGCAGCAGCAAGUUAUUUGGGGGCGCUGCUGACGAGACGGCCUCCAUCUUCACCCCCAAGGCCACCUCCCCGGCACUAGGGGGCAGCACCAACUCCCCCACCCCUCCCCCUGCCAUGUCAGGGGAGCCGGUGAAGCUGACGUCCGCCGCCCCCUCCCUGAGAGGGGAGCCCCAGGCCUCCAAACCGGCCGUGGCAGCAGGGGGAGAGACACUGGGCAGUUUCUCCUGCCUCCGGGUGGGGCAGGGAGACGAGGAGCCCAAAGACCCCCCCAAGACCACCCCCAGCUUUAGCUUCAGUCAGUCCGGCAACGGGAAAGGCAACGGCGGCUUCGGCGUGGCCCAGUUCAGCUUCGGGAAGCCUGCGGAGACGGCGGGUGGCGCCGCGUCGGAAGCUACGGAUGCUGCCCCAGAUGCCACCCCCUCCGCAGCAGUGUCGGUGCCCAGCGGCGUCUUCAAACCUCCAGAGUCCUCUCCAGCACCCGCCUCCAAACCAGCGUUUUCUGUGACGCACCCCAACACCUUCAGCCUGCUGACGACGCCCCUGCCCCCCGACUCCACCACCGGCUCCAGCGAGAGCUCUGCCCCCUCCGAACCCAGCCCGCCUACGGAGGCCCCCGUGGCUCAGACAGCGCCCAUCGUUGUACCUGUUAUCCCCUCUCCGCUCCUGUCUGCGGAGGACAGUGUGACCCCAGCAGCCGCAGAAAAGCCCCCCACUCCCCCCUCCCCUGCCCUGGUUGCCUCUCCCACCCCCCCUCCUGCGUCUGUGACCCCCCCAGCAGAGCCCGCUCCUGCCCCUUCCCCUGACCCCGCUGCCUCAGUAGAAGUCCCCCCCGAGCCUGCCUCCACCUUUACUUCAACUCCAGCCCCCGAGGCAACCCCGCCUACCCCUGCUGCCCCCCCCUCCACCUCCACCACCCCAACCCCACAGGAGCCCAGUGCCACAGCCACCCUGGCGCCCCCCUCAGACAAACCUGGCUCCAUAUUCGGCCAGCCGCCGCCGGCAUACCCGACCACCACUACGCCCGCUCCAGCGACAGCCAGCACCACCCUGGGUCUCUCCAGCCUCACUGAUGUAAUCAGCACAGCUGCCCCUGCCAUCACCCCCACCCCGGCACCUGCUGCACCAGACACCACCACCUCUGUUUUUGGCCAGCCGGCUAACCCCCCCACCAGCACCCCUGCCCCCGCCACCGGCUUCGGCUCGGCCCCGGCAGGAUUCGGGCCUGCCGUUCCCGCGGCUGCCGCUGCCUCCUCCCCAGCCUCUGGUGCCGCGCCGACGGGCUUUGGGAAGUCUGUGUUCGGCCAGGUUGGGGCCUUUGGCCAGCCGUCUGCGGGCUCAGGCUCUGGCUCGGCCAGCAGCUUCAGUUUUGGUCAGUCCAGCUUCGGCGCCUCGCCUGGCUUCGGCCAGCCUGCCGCGUCCCCCGACCCGGCGGCCUCCCCCUCGAGCGGCGGUCUGUUUGGGGCUUCCCCGGCGGCCGGCAGUGCCAGCUCAUUCUCGUUUGGUACCAGCGCAGCCGGCUCGGUCCCCAGCACCGGUGGCUCACUGUUCGGCCAGAGCGGCACGCCUGCCUUCGGCCAGCAGAGCUCAGGGUUUGGCUCAGGGUUCGGCAGUAACACCACCACCACAUCAUCUACCGGAUUCAGCUUUGGGCAACCCUCCGCGUUUGGCAGCACACCCACCUCCUCAGUGUUUGGCCAGCAGCCCAGCGGCGGCAGCAUAUUCGGACAGGCUCCAUCCAGUGCGGGUCUGUUCGGGUCAGGAUCAGCAGGCUCCGCGCCGCCCCCCUCUGGCGGGGGCUUCUUCAGCGGCCUGGGGGGCAAACCCAGUGAGGAUGCCGCCAACAAGAACCCCUUCGGAGCCACCACAGCUCCAGGAUUCGGUCAGCCCAACCAAACAGGCGCCACUCUGUUUGGGGACAGUGGGGCAAAGAACUUCAGCUUUGGGAGCUCGUCCUUUGGGGAGCAGAAGCCAAGUGGCACCUUCACUACUGGUGCAGCUAGCGUUGCUACGCAGGGCUUCGGAUCAUUUGGGUCGACACCCCCUAAAACAGCUCCUGGUUUUGGUAGCGCUCCGGUGUUUGGCAGUCCGCCAGCUUUCGGGGGCGCUCCUGCGUUUGGGGCCGGGGCCGCGUUCGGCUCUAGCCCCUCCUUCAGCAGCCCCAUGGGCUCCACUGCAGGGAAGGUGUUUGGAGAGGGGACGGCCGCAUCCAACGUGGGAGGAUUUGGUUUUCAAACUCCUCAGAACGCGCCCACCUUUGGCAGUCUAGCCAAUCAGAGUGCUCCGUCCUUCGGGAAUCUGGCCCAGCAGCAGCAACCUGGGUUCGGCCAGCCAGGAGGAUUUGGUUCUGGAUUUGGAGGUGGUGGUGCUGGCGGCGGUGGAGGAGGAGGUUUCACUGGAGGCUUCGGAAACACCAAUCAGCAACAACCCCCGAGAUGGUCUGGACUUCGCUGACAAAACUCCAUUCUCCUCUGAUUUUUUCUCUCACUCUCCUUUGAUGACGUUGACGCCGGCAUUUUUGUUUUUUGUUUUUUGUUUUGUUCGAACCCAUCAGAGCAUUGUUUUAAAAGAUGCUAUAUUUUUUAGGAGCACAUUUAACCUUCCAUUCAGGAAUGGAUCAAUAAAAGGCAAACAUGUUGUAAAAGUG